UCACGUAAGCUUCUGUUUGCCGGCGCAUAUUCCGUUUGAGCAACAUCCAACAGGGAAACCGUCGUCCAAUUGACGAUUGUUUUGCUUGUUUGGCGUGUCUGUAAUUUUGUUGCCAUAUUGAUUACGCUGACGCUGGGGGUGGUUAUAAUAAGCGUCUAACCUUAGGGAUUGCUGCUCGGUAAUUGAGUCUCAUUAGCGCCAAAUCAGGCAAAGUUUUCUCUCCGUCCGUGUUGGGCAACACGUUAAUAAGAGGUUUCAGGUAACUGUUGCAAAGAGGAACUUACUCGGUUUCGUUUCCUUCCCGUAACAGAUCCGUACCGUUUACAUCUACGGUCAACCGAUCAUCUCGCUGUAUGUGGAACAACAGGAACGGCUCUGCCUAGCGCAGAUUUCCAGCACUCUGCUCAAGGACUUCAGCUACAACGAAAUCCACAACCGGCGGGUAGCCCUCGGAAUCACCUGUAUCCAGUGUACUCCGGUACAGUUGGAGAUCUUGCGGCGAGCCGGUGCCAUGCCGGCCUCAUCCCGUCGCUGCGGGAUGAUCACCCGUCGCGAGGCGGAACGUCUCUGCAAGUCAUUCUUCGGAGAGUGCAGUCAACCGGCCCUGCCGGAAGGAUUCGUCUUCAACGUGUACCACGAAUGCGCCUGGGGCUGUGUAGGAGCCUUCUCGCCAGCUCGCUACAACAGUUCCCGAGCCAAGUGCAUCAAGUGCACCUACUGCAAUCUGUUCUUCUCGCCGAACAAGUUCAUCUUCCACUCGCAUCGGCUCACUCCGCACGACAAGUACGUCCAACCGGACGCAGCCAACUUCAAUUCCUGGAGACGUCAUCUGAAGCUGUCGGGAUCGCCUCCGGAAAAAAUUGCCUACGCUUGGGAAGACGUCAAGGCCAUGUUCAACGGUGGAACUCGGAAACGCUACAUCCUAUCAACCGCUCGCAAAUACAGCGCUGCUGCCGCGGCCCCAGAUCCUUCAUCCGCUCUACUAGAUCCGGGCAAAGAGCCCGUCACAUCAACCAUAUGCGACCUGUCCACUGCGGCGGCAACCGCUGUAGUCACCAAGCAAGAAGCUCCCGACACGUCGGAAUCGCAUCUCAACAGCGAUAGCUGCAGUAGCAGUACCAGCCCGUUUGCUCACAUCCCGCAUCUGCUGUCGCAGCCGAGCGCAGCCAUUUCCAGCUCUUCGGCCAAUCCGGUGGCUCCAUCGAACGCAGCGGCAGUCGUCGCAGCCAAUUCCGCAGCGGCAGCCGCCAGCUUCGGCUUCAAACUGUCCUGCCUGCAACCGUUUGCGUUCAACGGAAUCGGUCACUUCCCCGGUAUGGUACCGAGCUCGGCCGGCUAUCUGGUCCCACUGCUUCGUCCAACCAACCCGAAGAGCAUCUCGGCGGCGGCCAUGUCCGCCUUCAAACCCGUGGUCAAGGCUAAGAAGAGGUAUAUUCUCCGAUUAUGUCACCGACAUGAUGAUUGGUCACGAACGUCAAGAUACUUCGCAUUGUGUGGGGUGCAUACUUGGUCUAUCUUCGGUUUUAUAUUUGGGGACUGGGCAGAAAUUGAGCGUACAAUUUUCUAACCUCUAAAUCGAUCACGAACCGACAGUUUGCUAUUGUUUCAUAAAUUUUCCAGGCAAUUGCCUUUUCCCCAUUUCAGCAGUUCCGAACAGAAGACAUCGAAACGAAAAAGCAUUUUUGUCAUAAUCUGAAUGCGUGCUUGUGAGUGUGUGUGUGUGUGUCAUCUAUGGCACUUUAUCCGGUAUUCUAUACUCGACAUUAUGUAGGCAAACGAGGACAUCCUAUGACAAAAGCAUUUUUUGCUUGCCUAACGUUAACAUCGGAGACAAUGAAACCUACCUUCCGCACCGAAAACAGACUGCUGCGGCAAAUUUCCAUUUUCCUUCGGUGAUUUUCAAACUUGAUGGGGUUGUGUUUGAUGUUUGAUUGGUUCGUAAAAAAAUCAUUAUUUAAAAAAAAAUUAAAAUGUCUCUUUUCUCAGC